AUGCACUUUGAUCCCGAAAAGCAAGCAGCCAAUCCGCGUCUCUUUCUUCUGCCUGUCACCAAUGAGAAGGUCCACAUUCUGGCCUGUGAGUAUCGUUUAGAGGCGUGCCUUUUGUCUACCCAACAGCUUUCUCGCCUGACAGGUGAAGUCCCGUUUGGCUGUCCGUCGUACCUGCAGUGCGCCCACCUGCUCCAGGAAGCGAUCUUCUCAACGCCGCGUCAGCACAUGAUGCCCGACCUCACCGAGAUCCGAUGGUUCGAGUUCGCGCGCCAAACCUGGCAGAGUAUUGCAACCUCCCCCCUCUUUAUCGACUAUUACCGUCUUUGGAUGAAUAAUACCUUGUAG